AUGACCUUGAAACUGGCUAAAGUUCACAAGGUGCAUCAUGAGUUCCCAUUAGAAAAGCUGGAAGAGCCGGGGGAGGCGCGUACGCCGAGGACGCCGGCGUGGGUGAUCAGCCAGGCAUUUAUCUGGCUGCGGCAGAGCAGCGGGGGCAGAGGACGCCGCCCGGAAGAAACAAAAAGCGGCCCCGCCGAGGCAGUGGGGCGGCUGAUGAGGAGAGACCAGGGGAGUGAGCUCCUGCAUGGAGCAGAUCAGCCGCCGCACCCAGCUGCAGCGAGAGCAGGGGGCAGAGCCAGAGCGGGCUCCGAGAAAGCCGGCAGCACAACCGGCAAAAGUGCUGGCGGUGGGACCGGCUUCGACGCUGUCGGCGGCGCCAGUGAAGAAGCUGGCUGCGUUAUAGGCAGCAGAGCCGGUGGAGGAACCGGCGGCGUCGGGAGCAGCAGAGCCAAGGAGGGAACUGGCUGCAUUGCAGGCAGCAGAGCCAGAGAGAGAACCGGUGGCAUCCUGAACAGCAGAGCCGGUGGAGGAACCGGCUGCGCUGUGGGCAGAAGGGCCAGUGAGGAAGCUGGCUGCAUUCCAGGCAGCAGAGCUGGUGAGGGAACCGGCUGCUUCAUGAGCAUCAGAGCCGGUGAAGAAACCAGCAGCCGGAUUAAAGAAGGAGCCGAGGUGGAAGGUCGGGGCUGGCAACCCCGGCGGACGGCCCAUUGA